AUGUUUAUCCAGACACGUAUAGUACCUGAUGGUAUUAUAACACAUAUUUUAACAAGUGAUCAGCCAGUUAUGGCUGUUGAUCCAACUAUACCAUAUGAAUCUAAUCUUCCUACUCCACCCACUGGGGAUUCUGAUACAGAGACAAUAAGUAUAGCAUUCCUCAUAUCAUUGUCUGUAACAUUUGCUGUAUUAAUGGUUAUACUUUUGAUUAUAGCUACUUACGUCACGUUCUGUGGUGGAGAUGAAACAGAUUAUGAUGAAGAAAGGGCAAAUGGUACGAAUGGGAACAGAAUUAGAAACCUUAAUAGACCAUUUAGAAGAUUAUUUACAGGUAAGCAUUCUAAUAUUUUAUUAGGAUCAGAUUUUACAAGCCCUACUGAAUUAGAUGAUCCUGCAAAAUUAACUGAAUUAGAGGUGGAAGCCUUCCAGAAAAUGUCAUCCUUUGAAAUAGAAUUAUACAAGCGUGCAAAAGAGUUACAAGAAUUAAGUCCUCCAAUAACGGAUGAAUUUGGUAGUUAUUUAAAACCUAGUGAUACAACGUUUAUUAAAGAUAGAGGUAUUCAAGCUUUUUUCUUUCUACCUAGUAUAAAUGAUAAUAUCGACAAAAUUGGAAAUUUCUUACCAAGUUUUAUGAUACAAGACAAAUUGGAUAUUCUAUUUACAAAAUAUAAUCAGAGUGCCUCAACAGUAUUAAAUUAUCCGUUACCUUAUAAUAAAAAGGAUGCAGUUUAUUUCGAAGUAAAAAUAUACAAACACUUGGUUGAUUCGAAUAGUAUAUUCAGUAUAGGUCUAAGUACUGUCCCAUAUCCAUAUUUUAGAAUUCCAGGUAUGUCUAAAUUUUCAAUUGCAUAUGAAUCCACCGGUAAACUAAGAAUUAAUAAUCCAUUUGAAGCAUCUACAUUAUUACCAAAAUUAGAAGAAGGUGAUGUUGUUGGAUUUGGUUAUAAAUAUAAAUCUGGGACGAUUUUUAUAACACACAAUGGUAAAAAAUUAAUGGAUGUCACUGAAGAUGUGGAUGUCGAUUUAUUUCCUUGUGUUGGUUCCUUUAAUGCUUCGUAUACAAGAACGUACACGACUGAUGGUUUGUUGGAAGACCCAGAUAACGUAGAUCUUCGCAAUUCAUUGUCUGAAAAUAGGCAAGUAGAAUUGCCAGAAAAAUUGCAGAGAGUUCACAAUCCACAUAAUGAACAAGAUUGCACUGAGAGUGAUGAAGUGGAAUUGCAGGUUAACCUUGGUCAAGUUGGGUUUGUCUUUAUUGAGGCUAAUGUUAAAAAAUACGCAUUUAAUAGUAUAUAUGGGGAAAUUGGUAUUCCACCAUCUUAUAACGGGAAUGAGGCUAAAAAGGAUACCAUUUUACAAAAGGGUGAAGAACUUCCACCGGCGUAUCCAAAUGGGUCAUUUGUACCUCAAAUUCCUGAUUCCAAUGAUAAUUCUUUACCCGGGGCAAGCCAUACCUUAGAGAAUUAUGAAAGAAUAUCAUCAACGUAUGAUAGAGUACAUAACAAUUAUGACAAUAGUAAUGAGUAUGGAUAUCCUCAUGGACCAUUGUCUGACAUUGACGAAGAAACUGGAUUACUAUCUUCCAGCUCAGCCAUUAAUCAAGAUAUUCCAAAUAUUGACUGUGUGGUUAUUGAACGGAGAUGCAUUCCUGAGAAGAAGCCAAAGAAGAAGAAUAAAAAAUCCAAGAAGAAGAAGUCUAGAAGUAGAAAAUAG